AUGGACAAAGACACCUUUUUGAAGCGAAUCGGCCGCGACUGUGAAAAACACGCCGACAAGUUUGAAGACUGGGACGAUCUCAUGACCGCCACCACCUACGUAAUGAAGCCGCGCGGAAUCGACAUCAAAUCGCGCAAGUACAUCCGCAGUUGGGUGAACAGAUACAGUUUGGGUAUUGAUCCGACCCCGUUGCCCUUUACCAAGACGGAAAAGCUGAACAUGAAGAAGUAA